UCUGUUUCGUCCCAUGGCCCCGCCGAAGUUGUCGCUGGAGGAGGAGGAGGAGGAGCGGGAGUGCUCCCGGGCUUUCCAGCUGUCCUGCGUCGUUGUCCUUCCCAUGGUUCUCAAGACGGCAAUUGAGCUCGGCCUCCUCGAGAUGCUGGUCCAAGCCGGACCGACGGCCUCGCUGAGCUCCGAGGAUCUCGCCGGCCGCUUGCCGACCACCAACCCGUCGGCCGCAGACAUGGUCGAGCGCAUCCUCCGCUUGCUCGCUGCGAACUCCAUCGUCGGUUGCGCCGCGGACGGUGGCCGCCUGAAGUACUCCGCCGCGCCCAUUUGCAAGUAUUUGGUGCAGAACGACGACGGCGGCACGGUGGCCAAUCUAGUUCUGCUUCAUCAGGAUCAAGUCUUGAUCGACAUGCGGCGCUAUUUCACGGACUCCAUCUUGAACGGCGGCCACCCGGUGAUGGCGGCGUACGGCAUGACGACGUUCGAGUACCAAGGCGGCGACCGGCGGUUCAACAAGGUGUUCAACGGCGCGAUGAAGGGCGCCUCCACGCUCGUCAUGAACAACAUACUGCUCCGUUACGACGGCUUCUCUGACGUGCAGGUUCUCGUGGACGUCGGCGGAAACACCGGCAGCAACCUCCGGCUCAUCACCUCCUUCUACCCCCACGUCCACGGCAUCAACUUUGACCUCCCUCACGUCGUCUCCGAUGCUCCGGCCCUCACCCGAGUGGAGCACCGAGGCGGAGACAUGUUCGAAGCCGUUCCUGCCGGCGAUGCCAUCAUCCUAAAGUGGAUUCUUCACGAUUGGAGCGACGAGCACUGCGUGAAGAUACUUAAGAACUGCUGGAAGGCGCUGCCGGCGGAGAAAGGCAAAGCGGUGGUGAUGGAGUACGUUGUUCCAGAGACGCCGGUGGCGACGCCCGAAGCCAAAUCCAUUUUCCAGCUGGACCUGUGCAUGGCGGCCUACAGCGUGGGCGGAAAAGAGAGAACAGUGGAGGAGUUCAGGGCGCUGGCGAAGGAAGCAGGAUUCUAUGGAUUCAACGCUCUUCCUGCGUUCGCCGGCACUUGGGUCUUGGAGUUCAUCAAGUAGAUCAGUUGUUCUUGCUGAUUGCUUUCCAAUAAGAAUUUCAUGGAUGAUCAUGAGUACUGUUUAAGAGCGGUGGAUGGAAAUACUGGUGUUGAUAUUUUUACAUGGAUGAAAUAAGAAUUCCAUGGA